AUGGCUGCAGCGCUCAUCAUCAACGAGGAGGACGCUUCAAAAGUGGAUGUCUUGGCCGAUCAUUUCCUUCCAUUGCUGGUCCGUGAAAUGAACAGAAAGUCGUCCAAAGAAUUUACCGAAGGUUUUACAACAGAAGAGAUGUAUUCUAUAUCCAUGGAAGUGGGCGAAGUUUUCAAGACAAAAUUGGGAGACCAGCGCUAUGCUAGUCAGCUAGCGGAGUGUCAAAAAACUGCAAUUAUCAAGGCUGAGCUGAGGAAAAGGAAAGCAAAGGGAACACCACGCAACAUGCCCAGUGAUGACUCACCAGCCCAAGCAAAGCUCGAGGUCCAUGCUGGUGGAAUUGGCCCCGGUUUUCAAGAAUUGGCAAGAUGUAUUGUUCUGACAAAGGCUCCGAUACAAGCAGAGGAACUGGUCCUGACGAAUCCUGACGAAGCGGCUGCGUUGAAACGUAAGAAAAACGUGAAGAAGACGGAGUCUCGUAAGCGUAAGAUUGAUGCGUUAAAGCCUUAUCGCGUGAUUAAUCGUCAGCAUGCCGAGCGCGUUCGAGCCGAGCAGAACGAAGAAGAUUAA